AUGGGCCGGGAGGGUGAAGGGGUGGGAGAGAGGACGGGGAGCCCAGCAUGCAGGAGAGAUCUGGAGAAGGAGGCCACUUCCACAUCUGAACCAGCAGGGGUCAACCUGGGGUCGAAACUCCUCUCGACCAAUCAGAUGAACAGCAGAGCGACCCCUGACCCCUCCACCAGGACCCUGGCAUGUGUCAGGAGCAUGGCUCACGAGGAGAGCAUGACUGAAGAUGUGUUUGAGCCCAGCCCCCAGAGAAGCACAGCUCAGCCCAGUGACAGGAGGAUGUUAGUGGUUCCCUCCGUGGCCAGUGUGAAGAAUAAGAUCCAGCAGUUUGAGACCCUGACCCAGAAGAACCAGAGGGACUUCCAGAGGCCCAGACGGGCCUUCUCUGUCCCCGAGCACCUGGGCAGGAAGGCUGGGGAGGGAGCCAGCAAGGCCGGGAGGGAGAGACCAAUCAGGCUCCAGGGCAGGAGCAGGAGGAAGGAGGCUGCCUCCAUCAAGCUGUUGAACUUCAAUAACAACAGCAACAGUACUGAGAUAGCAGAGCUCCAGCACAGCCCCAGUCCUGACCUGUCUUCUUCAGUCAGUGACAACGACAAAACCCCCACCAAUACCCCCCAAGACUCCCCCUUCUACCCCCAGGACGACUCCCCCUUCCACCCCCAGGAGGACUCCCCCUUCCACCCCCAGGAGGACUCCCCCUUCCACCCCCAGGACGACUCCCCCUUCCACCCCCAGGAGGACUCCCCCUUCCACCCCCAGGAGGACUCCCCCUUCUACCCGGGGGGGGGCUCCCCUGCCUUCACCCCCCCAGCCCAGCCUCACACCUCCAGCCAGGAGACCAACUCCCACCUGUUGAGGGGCUCCCUGGUCCCCCCCCUCCCCCUGUCCUCCCCCAGCAGCCUCCCUCACACCGGGGGAGACCUGGACGCGUGGGUGGCCGGCCUGAACCGCAAGAUCGAGCGAUGGGACUGUGACGAGGAGGAUGAUGAGGGGACAGAGAAAGACGAGGACUCUAACUACGACUCGGACGAAUCCUCUGUAACCAUCACCAGCAAUAUGAGCCAAUCAGAUCGCAGGAGUUUCUGUCUCAGCCUGGCUGAGCUGUGUAACUUCGGGGGGGUGGACUACGAGACGGAGCCUGAGAUGGAGGACUGGCCGCCCGGUCGCUCGGCCUCCCUGAGCUCAGAUGUGUCGGCCCUGUCCUGUGUGUCUGUCCUGGACAGCGAGGAGCUGGACAGGCUGCUGGAUGAUGUUCGGAGUCUUGGGGACGACACCCUGCAGAACUAUGAGGACGUGCAGGUGGUGGUUCUCCAUAAGGAGGUGGGCAUCGGCCUGGGCUUCACUGUUGCCGGGGGCGAGGAUCAGAACAAGCCUGUUACCGUCCACAGGGUGUUCUCCUCCGGAGUGGCGGCUCUGGAAGGCUCCAUCAGGGAGGGCGACCUGGUCCUGUCAAUCAACGGUACGUCGCUGUCUGGCUCCGCCCAUUGGCAGGCUCUGAGGACGCUGAGGAAGGCAAGGACCCUGGGGAUGGGCGUGGUCGUGCUGCGGAGGGGCGUUGCCUCCAAGCCUGUGAAGGGUCUGACUGGAGCAGACAUGCAGGGGCGGAAACAGACCCCGUCCACCAACACAGGCCAGCGGCUAUGUGUGAGACUGGAGAAGGGCAGCAGAGAUCUGGGCUUCACUCUGGAGGGAGGCCUGGGCUGCAGUCUGGGGGACAGGCCACUCAGCGUCCAGAAGAUCUUCCUGGGAGGCCCAGUGAACAAGGUGUGUCCUGGAGACGAGGUGUUGGAGAUCCAGGGUGUGAGUGUGGUGGGGAUGAGGCGCCUGGAGGCCUGGACUCUGAUCAGAAGACUGCCCCCUGGGCCUGUGGAUGUGCUACUGCACCGCCCUCUCAACACCAGCCACAUCCACUCCCAGUCAUUAUGACAGACUCAGUAAAGCAGCUUGAAGGAGGACUCAUCCUGGCUGCAGCUUGAGGGAGGACUCAUCCUGGCUGCAGCUUGAGGGAGGACUCAUCCUGACUGCAGCUUCAGGGAGGACUCAUCCUGGCUGCAUCUUGAGGGAGGACUCAUCCUGGCUGCAGCUUGAGGGAGGACUCAUCCUGGCUGCAGCUUCAGGGAGGACUCAUCCUGGCUGCAGCUUGAGGGAGGACUCAUCCUGGCUGCAGCUUGAGGGAGGACUCAUCCUGGCUGCAGCUUGAGGGAGGACUCAUCCUGGCUGCAGCUUGAGGGAGGACUCAUCCUGGCUGCAGCUUGAGGGAGGACUCAUCCUGGCUGCAGCUUGAGGGAGGACUCAUCCUGGCUGCAGCUUCAGGGAGGACUCAUCCUGGCUGCAGCUUGAGGGCAGGUCUCUCUCACAGGGGCGUCUCGUCAUCAGGAUAUUGCAAGGCUCUGACACGGUUGUCCCAGUAGUCCAGAGACCAUCUCCUCAGCCCCAGGUGGGCUUCUGUGUUGCCUUGGCAACCCUGAGAAGGCCCACUUCCUCUACAGGGUACAGUAACUUAACUUAGUUUACUAUAAUAAGGUUUUAGACGGAAUCUCAUCCUGGGCAUGAGAUCAGUGAUGCCUCACCAACAGGACGGUUUCUGCACCAGUCAUCCAGUCAGCAAGCACUGAAUAGUGACACGGCUUGGAAACAAUGAAAGAUCAAUAAGCGUAUAACUGCGACGUUUAAAUGUGCAAAUGAUUUCAAGAAAUAAGCAGCCUUUUUCAUAUUCUAUGUUGUAGCAGCCCUCCUUGUCACGUCCUGUAAUAUAUUCAGCGGUUGAUUAUAGGAAGCUCCAUUUUUUUAAACAGUUGUAAUGUGUUGAAUUGUAUCUUAUAUUCCUCCUCAAAUAAGUGUCAAUAAAUCCUAACAUGAAGCUGCUCUUUAUUUAAAUGCAGUACAUAACAUAACCUGUAGGGGAAGCUGGGAAAGCAGACUUAACUCUAGAUGACGUUAAGAAACACUAGAUGAAGAACUAUGAUCCUGCCAUUACUAGGUCCUCUCUGAAGACCAGGGAGGCACAGAGCAGGUGUCUGUCUGGGUCAUCUGGAAGAGGUGCCAGAUAGCGCUGCUAUGUUACGCCACUCCAAGGUUCCCUUUAUCUUACUUUUACUGCUUUUCAAGUGAGCUGAGCAGCAUUGAGUAAAAUCUGGGUUUGAAGGGUUGAAACCACAGCCUGUGUAGCUGUGACAGCUGCACACCUAGCUCAUAAUACAUACUGUUUUACAACUCACUCACAAAGGUUACAAUCCGGAAAUUAGAUACAUUAGAUAACUUAUCAGAAGACUCAUUUAAAUCAUUAACUCAAAACAAAUGGUUACAUGUGUACAGAACACAAUUGAAACUAUUCAAGGCAUACUUUAGUCUUGAAUAAUCAAUAUUUACUGAUCAAUUUAUUAAGGUGAUUAAACUUCAUAACUGUUAAACGAUUAGCUUCAUUAGCAAGUCAAAGUUGAACAUAAACCAUGCUCUGUUGUCCAUGAGGUCUCUCUGUCCUCUUCCUCUCACCAUGGAGGGAGCCGGAUCGGAGUGUCAGUAAACUGGGUUAUAUAGUAAAUAUAGGCAAAUAUGCCUAAUGAUGGGAAUGGGUGUAGCACAGUGAAUAGAGCCUUUUACUGCAGAUCAAGAGGUUGUAGGUUCAAAUUCCCCCUGUACGUCAUUUCAGAUGUUUUACUCUGUUAAAUGAAUCCAUACAUGCAUUAUCAACAAAACCAAGGAAGACAGAUUUUUCAAAACACCAAUUUAAUGACUUAUGUAUUUUAUGAAUUUUCAUGAGUUGUGAAUUACAAACACAUUAGUAUUUGCUUAAUAAUCAAUCAUAAAAAGAACUACUUCAAGUGAAUACGAAUAUAAACUAAAGCUAAACACUGGAGAAAGAUAGAGACUGCUGGACAUGUCUAGAACAGUAAGACUAGGAACACAGCUGAAUCAUAAAUGCAUGUUUAAGUUCAAAUUCUAAUAAACACAAAUAUG